AGUUGUUGCUGUUCUGGGCGGGCUAGUUUAAAAUGGAUUUGAUAGCUGCGCUGCGAUUCCUGAACCUGAACCAAGUUUCCCAAGAAUGGGUGGAUGCUGUGUGGGACUUGGAGUUCACAGAGAGGAAGCCACUAGACAUAGAGGAGGAACUCUGCGCGGCUGGAGAUGACUCCUUCAGCAAGCUGUACCAGUGUUUGGUGGCCCAUGCUGCAGACCAGCAGCAGUCUGCCGGCCGGGAUGGAGCUUCACAGGGCGUCUGGGUGAUCCUCGGGGAGAACGGGGUGUCGGUGAAGUCUCUGGUGGCCGUGCUGUCCUACUUCGUCCUGGCAGCGAAGGCCAAGGGGGCCAACGCACAGCAGAGGGUGUGUGGACUCUAUGCAGCCUCUGUCUACCUGCUGCUGCUGGGCAUCCCAGGUAGUAUUGCCAGCAAGGUUUUCCACGCGGUCUUGUUGGACACCUGUACUGGCCUGACCUCAGACUGCUGGCCUCAGGACUCUGGGAAGAAGCGCAAGAAGGACGGCCUGAAAAGUUCCCAAGCUGACAGCAAACGCUCCAAACCACAGCGGAGAAAAGCUCCAGAGAUGGACAUGGACGAGGAAGAGGAGGAAGAAGAGCUGCUCUUCUCUGGCCAGGAGCUGAUGAAGAUCAGAGACGGCGUCGCUCUCUUGGUCCAAAGUCUCCUCCGUCUCCUGCAAACAUUUCCGCUCAAAGACAUGCCUCAGAGCGCCAGCAACUGCGCGCAGAUCUUCAGUAAGCUGCUCUACUUUGAACCUGUGCUGGGCGAGCCGACCUUCGCUGCUCCACGCGAUCUCUGCGAGCUCACGAGCGUUCCAGAGAUGGCUUUCUAUGGCCUGAAGCUGCUCUGCUCACCAAGACACGGAGACCAGAAAGAAUCCCUGCGGGCGGUCUUCCAUCGGCUGCUCUACGUCAUCCUGAUGAUGAAUAAGGGCCACAGUGGGAAGCCUUCCCUUCUCACCCCUAACCAGGCCGUCCUCACAACCCGCGAUCAGGCCGUCCACUUUGUUUGUCAUCUAGUGGAGGAGCUGAAAGAGCUGGCUUUACCUUUCCUUCAAAUCCUCCUGCAGCAUAUCUGCUUCCAGAUGGUGGAGAAAAGCGAGUAUCGGCACCACGGAGCCCAGGCUGUGGGUAUGCUGACGUCUCAGAUGGCCAGUACGGACUACGCCCACUUCAUCAAGUGGCUCUUCAACUUCUCCAGUCAUUCAAAGAUGGUGCACCGGCUGUUCUCCGUGGACGUGGUGAUGGUCCUGUUGGCGCAGCCAGAGAGAAACCUGGAGGAAUGUCAGGACCCAGACCUUGCCAGGUUCCUGCCACACAAGUUCCUGAUCCAGGACCUGUUGUUUGCCCGACGAACGGACGAGUCCCCCACCGUCCAGGGCCACGCCCUUUCCUGCCUGGCUCAGUGUUUGGAGCUGCCCUCGCCCAACGCCACCCAGGCCAUCCACGGCCUCUUCUCUGCCACUGGGUCACAGACGGUGCUGGAGCAGGAACUCUCAGCAGGAUCAUGUACCCAGAAAACCUACAGAACUCUCCCCUUCAGGACGGUGGAGAUCGGCUGUGCCGACAGGUCCAGCUGUGAGGCUAAAGACAACCUGAAGUCUUCUCCUGCGCCGUGUCAGUGA